UCUGCACCGUAUUUAAUUUUUUGAAGUUAUCCAGAUCCAGAAUUUAUUUAAGUCGACGUAACUUCUAAGAAGUUGAAGUGGUAGUACUAGUAGUUGUAUUUGCAUUACUGAAUUUCGUCCCGCACCAGAGUUUUCAUCUCCGUCGCAGCCCAGUAUGUUACCGCUCCACCUGGAGGACCGCGAGCCGCCGGACUUCGGCGGCAGCCGCAAUCUCACCGAGUAUUUGAAGAUGGCACUCCGGUACGCCCAACUAGACAUCGAGUACACGUUCGCGCAGAUGUGGUACAUCCUCGCGAACCCGCGGAAAGUCUACCAGUUGACGAGUUACAGGUACAGGUCGCAGUUAUCAGUGGGUGUGUGUGUGUCUUGAUGAUGUCGCUUUUUUCCUUACUCAAGAAAUCUUUUCCGUCAUUCCGAAAUAGGUGGUGUCGUGUUAUUGUUUUUCACUGAUAAAGGUAAAUAAAAAUAAGCUGCAGAGAGGUGCAACAAAAAUCCAUCCUGAAAAAAAUUAUCAGGAAGCAAACGAAAAACCACUGGAGCCGGGACGACCCAGCUUUUGUGGUUCUCACCGUGCUUUUUCUCUUCGUCGCAAGCGUCGCCUACGCGUUGGCGUUUCGCGCAAACCUGUUUCGCGUUUUGUUCUACACCAUCGGGGUGCACUACGUGCUGCUUGGGCUCGCAAUCGCCUCGGCCUACACUUACGUCUGCAACAACCAUUUGCGGGAAAGGGGCUACAGCCACCACGGCUCCAUGGGGGGGCAUUACGUAAGGCAGGUAAGGGAGGAGUCGGUUGUAUUUUGAACAUAUCAUCUACAUCAAUAUGAUUGGCGCCCUUGAUCGAAAUGUCUUUUCGUUACCAUGAACAAUGGCUGCGCCUGCGUAAGCGUAAGCGCAUUCUUGAAAUUCAAAUUUCGUCAUACCACAGAACUACGAGAGCCUGUUCUUAUUUGUCUGUCUACAUCACAGGAACUCGAAUGGCAGUACGCGUGGGACGUGCAUUGCAACGGAUUCAUUCACGUCCUGUUGAUGGUCUAUGUGUUGCAAUUUCUGCUCCUCCCGAUACUCUACGACGACCAGGGAAUAGGCAGUUUGCUAGACGAGGCCCAGGAGCUCGCCGCAACGGGAACAGCUUCUGCGGUAGCAGGCGGCGCUGCAGCUGCCGGGGUCUCUAAUAGUCCCGACGCGGCAGCAGCCGCGUCUUCCCCCGAUCUCGCCGCCGCCGGGAUUGGAGCACCAGCAGCCGCAUCUGGGGGGACCGGCGCCACGCUGCGUGUUCUGUCUGCAGCUUCGUCCUCGGCCGUGCAGGCUGCUGCUGGAUCGGCGAUGGUGGUCGCGCAGAACUAUUUCAAAACAGGAGAUGGCGGUGCUAGCAGAAGCAGCAGCAGCUCAGUGCAAUCCUCAUCUGCUCGCGAAGCACCUUUAUCUUCCGGCGAUAGAAGCACACUUCAGAGCGAGUCCGGCGCCGGGAUUGAACCAGGCACGGAUUACCUCGUCGAUUCUGAGGGCGGCAUACCGAGAGAAGUUGGCGAAUCUGCAGCGACGACGAAAGACGUAGCUGCUGCGUCCUCACGUGCAGGAGUCGGAUCCUUUGCUACAAUAGCAGCAAGUAUCCGCAAUCGCAUAUACCCCGAGGAAAGAAUAUCAAGACCACGUCGGAGAUUACAAGAAGGAGCGGCAAGUAGUGGCGGAACUGUGCUCGUGGAUGCAAGAAGCGAUGCAGCUGCGCAUUUCGACCCUACUAAGAUACGGUCACCGUCCCUGGUAUUGAUCUGUUAGGUUUCUGCUAAAUGGUUGCAUCCAAAAAAUAUUGAGUGCUGUUUAGCUGAAUCGUACUAUUAAAAGUGUUGUCAUCUUCUCCAUCGUGCUCAGAGAUUCAAUAUUUGGAAGCAGGCAACUUGAUCGAUGCGUGAAGAUCGAAUUUUUCAUUUUCAUGAUCAGACCUCCUGUUUCCUCUCGAACCUGCUCUUCGGCUGCUCGCUGCUGGCGUAUUUCUACGUGACAAGCAUGGGGUACGCGAUGCUGCCCUUCCUCGAGAAGACCGAAGUGCUGCUGUAUCCCUGCAUCCUAUUAGCGCUCCUCAUCGUGCUCUGCGUCUUUCUGCGGAUAAACCUCACCGUCUGGUUCGUGUGGAUGAUAUGCGGCUGA